AUGCCCAUCAAAAAUAUUUGCUGCUUAGGAGCGGGAUACGUAGGAGGACCAACUUGUAGUGUGAUAGCACUAAAAUGUCCGGAAAUAAAAGUGACAGUGGUCGAUUUGAGCAAAGAUAGGAUAGCACAAUGGAAUUCUGAUAAAUUACCCAUAUACGAGCCUGGUUUAGAUGAUGUAGUGAAAUCUUGUAGAGGAAAGAAUUUAUUUUUCUCUAGUGAUAUAACAAGUGCAAUUUUAGAAGCUGACUUGAUAUUCAUAUCAGUGAACACACCUACCAAGGCAUUUGGUAACGGAAAGGGACGAGCUGCUGAUUUGAAAUAUGUAGAAGGUGCUGCCAGAAUCAUAGCGGAUGUGUCAAAGAGUGACAAAAUUGUUGUCGAAAAAAGUACCGUGCCAGUAAGAGCAGCUGAAAGUAUUUCAAAUAUUUUGAUAGCCAAUCAGAGGCCAGGAGUUGCAUAUCAAAUUCUAUCUAAUCCAGAGUUUCUUGCCGAAGGCAGUGCCAUAAACGAUCUACUAUACGCUGACAGAGUUCUGAUUGGUGGUGAAGACACCCCUGCAGGCAGAGCAGCAAUAGAAGAAUUAAGUAGCGUUUACCAACACUGGAUUCCGAAAACAAAUAUAGUAACAAUGAAUACCUGGUCAUCCGAAUUAUCAAAACUAGCUGCAAAUGCUAUGCUCGCCCAAAGGAUAUCCAGCAUCAAUUCCCUAUCAGCAGUUUGUGAAGCUACUGGUGCCGAUGUUUCUGAAGUAGCAAGGGCAGUAGGUUUGGAUUCCAGAAUAGGUUCCAAGUUCCUACAAGCUUCUGUCGGUUUUGGAGGUAGCUGUUUUCAAAAAGACAUACUGAAUCUCGUUUACAUAUGCGAAAGUCUGAAUUUGCCUGAAGUAGCAAAAUACUGGCAACAAGUUAUAGACAUCAAUGAAUACCAGAAAACUCGUUUCACCACUAAGAUUAUUGAGUCGUGUUUCAAUACGUUGAGCGGCAAAAAUAUCUGUAUAUUUGGGUUCGCUUUCAAGAAGAACACUGGAGAUACUAGGGAGAGUCCUUCUAUUUUUGUUGCCAAGACAUUACUAGAUGAAGGGGCAUCUAUAAGAAUAUAUGACCCUAAGGUGGAACAAAAUCAGAUUUAUGAAGAUUUGGCCAACUCAGUGAUAUGUACACCCCCAGAGGAAUGGAGGCCACGUGUUUCUGUUCAUUCAGAUCCUUACAGUUGUUCGGAAGGUUGUCAUGCUAUCGUCAUUUGUACGGAAUGGGAUGAAUUUAUAAACCUCGACUACCAGAAAAUUUACUCAGAAAUGAUGAAGCCUGCGUAUGUUUUCGAUGGCAGGAAAAUUGUAGAUCAUCAGGCACUUCUCAAAAUUGGGUUUCACGUACAGACUAUAGGAAUGAGAUUAUAA